AUGAUGAUAACCAAAGUCUCGUUGUCGACCAAGUUCAUUUACUUGACCAACUCGUUGAAGGGCAGCGCAGCACUCAUUGUUCAAGGCUACGAUCCAUCAAUGCCAGAAAACUACCAACUUGCUGUAGAAGCGCUCCGUAGACGAUAUGAUCGCCCUCAAUUUACCCACAACCUUUUCCAUCAGAGUCCUUUAUUCUGCAACUCAAUCGCUACGAAGGACACCACCACUUCGUUGGCACUUAGGAAGACGAUCAUGAAGAAAUUUCCUCGUGAAACGCAGUUGGAAGUCUACAAACUGGAACACCGCUCAGGGAAAACGUGGACUUUACCAGAACUUCUAGACGGACUUAACGAAGUCAUUGAGGAAGUGGAAAAGCUAGAAGACUACAGUGUUACUCCUGUUAACCAUCCAGAAGCGCGG